AGUGCAGUUGAUCACCAGGGGGCUCCAGAACUACGUGGGUUUCCUGCUGCCCCCCAUUAAAAUCAUCCACAGCAGCUGUACUUAUUAAAUACCCCCCAAACAGACCGCAGGCUGCCCGCUGAGCUGCACUGAGCUCACUUUGAAUCCCACAUUUUAAUAGAGGAAAAGAAGCUUUGGAACCAAACAGCGAGUCUCAUCAGAGGACUGAGGAUCCCCGCUGCAGACCCACGGGUGGAACCCAGACACGCACGCGCUAUCUCUGCCCUCCUGCCCUGUGUACGUGCCCCCACUUUUAAAAAAAACAAUGUGAGCGUGUGCGCGCGUGCCCGUGAGGAAGGUGGGACAUCGCAGGGACCUUUUUCUCUUUUCCUGAUCUGUGUUGGAGCGGAAAAGUGCGGCAGCAGCUGGGAGCGCUCCUGCGGCGGAUCUUCACUGAAACUCAGGCUCUGUUCCUGCUGGGCUGUCAGAGGAAACAUCUCCAACUUCUGCUUCUUAUUCUGGCUGCUAGAAAACAUGAAGCUGUUGGAAAAGGAAGUCUGAGCAGAUUGUCUGUCUGGCCACCAAACAUCUCGUCAUCAUGCUGCCCUGGCUCUGCCUCAUUCUGCUCAUCCUUGUCCCCAUCAUCCAAUCCGAUGAGUGUCCCUACGCUUCCAGGAACCCCACAGAUGUUCGUCAGAAUGUCACUUUGGCAGUUGUCUUGCCUAUGACCAACGUGGAUUAUCCAUGGGCGUGGCCUAGAGUGGCGCCGGCCAUCAAAAAGGCCAUUUCAAAGGUGAACUGUGACCCUUGGCUCCUCCCAGGUCUCAAGCUGCAACUGGUUAAUGGCAACUCGGAGAACAGAGAUGGCUACUGCUCUGAUUCAAUGGCGCCGCUGGUCGCCGUCGACCUGAAAUUUGCCUACGAUCCCUGGGCUUUCAUCGGUCCUGGUUGUGUCUAUUCUUCCUCACCUGUUGCUCGUUUCACCUCCCACUGGGAUGUCCCCAUGGUGACGGCCGGAGCCCGUGCCAUAGGCUUUAAAGUUCAUAGAGCCGUCACCAACACGGGCCCCACCCAUUUGAAGCUGGGUGAGUUUAGUUUGAAGAUCCAGCAGACCUUUAAAUGGCAGCACGCCAUGCUUCUCUACACUGACAACACGAACAGCAACGAUGACAGGCCGUACUUCUUUGCUGUGGAGGGGGUCUUCCAGCAUCUAUUGCAUAAUAACAUCACCCCAGACUCUUUCGUUAUGGAUAAUGACAUAGACUACAAGUUGGUGGCCCAAAAGAUCAGAGAGAAAGGCAGAGUGGUGUAUGUGUGCAGCCCCAUGGACAUCUUCAGGAAUCUGAUGGUCCAGUUGUGGAAGGAUAGCACCGACCUGGAGAAGUUUGUCUUCUUCUACAUUGAUCUUUUUGCUGAAGGCUUGGGUGGCAGACAUACAGCAAAGCCCUGGUACAGAGGAGAUCAGGACGACCAAGCAGCCAAACAGGCCUUCAAGAGUGUGAAGGUCUUGAGCUACAUGGAGCCUCAGAGUCCAGAAUAUUUCCAGUUUGUAGAAGCUCUUAAAAGAGAUGCAAAGGAAAGCUUCAACUUCACCAUAAAAGACUCUCUGCACAACCUGAUUGCAGCAGGUUUCUAUGAUGGAAUCUUGCUGUACUCUCUGGCUCUAAAUGAGACUUUGAGCGAGCAGAGAAGGGGACCAGGACACAUCGAGAGACCCAAAGGAGAUUUGGUGACCCGUAGGAUGUGGAACAGGACCUUCUCAGGCGUGCUGGGAGUGGUGGAGAUGGACGAGCUUGGAGACAGAGUGAUGGACUUUGCUGUGUGGGACAUGACAGAUUUAGACUCUGGAGAGUUUCAGGUUGUGUCUGUGUAUAAAGGCAGCAUGAAUGAAUUGGUCCCGCAGAAAGGUCGGACCCUUCAGUGGCCCGGAGGUUCACCGCCACGAGAUAUCCCUGAAUGUGGCUUCAAGAACGACAACCCGGCCUGCCAUACACGUACCGUUACAAUGCAUCAGAUGGUUGCCAUAGUGAUCUGCUUCGUCUUUGUCAUCAUCGUCACCAUCACCGUCUUCAUCUACAGGUGAGAUCCUCGCACUUA